CAUUGCCCGAAAUGAAUGGUAUCAAAUAAUUGCAGUUCAUCAAGAAAUCGCCACUCGCCUGAGUGGAGUUUGGAUCCGGCGGAGAUGAUGGGAAGCCAGCAGCAGCGAGAGGAGGAGGGACGGGCGAUUCGGACACCGCCGGAUUCCAUAGGCGGUUUCGAGUCUCUCCACCGUCUCCUCGAGGCCAAUCUGAAGCCUGAUGUCUUCCAGGAAGUGAGUCGAUUGCUGUUGGGAUUUAACUGUGGGCGCCCUCUCGAGCCGAUUUCGUUGCCCGAGGCUGCUACUUCACUAUCGGAAGAGCAUGAUUUUGAUUUACAGGCUUUUAGCUUCCAUGCUGAUAAAGAGUUACUGAGAAAGGAACGAAUAGUUCGUGUUGGCCUUAUCCAGAACUCUAUCGUGUUUCCUACCACAGCCCACUUUGCAGACCAGAAGUCUGGUAUCUUGCAACAUGUGAAACACAUGGUUGAUGCAGCUGGAGCAUCUGGUGUCAAUAUAUUGUGCUUGCAAGAGGCUUGGAUGAUGCCAUUUGCCUUUUGCACUAGGGAGAAAAGAUGGUGUGAAUUUGCAGAACCUGUUAAUGGAGAAACAACUCAGUUUCUUCAAGAAUUUGCAAGGAAAUAUAACAUGGUCAUUAUUAAUCCCAUUCUUGAAAGAGAUGUAAACCAUGGGGAUACCAUUUGGAACACUGCCGUUGUAAUUGGAAACCAUGGCAACAUAAUUGGCAUUCAUAGAAAGAACCACAUUCCCAGAGUCGGGGAUUUCAAUGAGAGCACAUACUACAUGGAAGGAAACACUGGUCAUCCUGUGUUUGAAACAUCUUAUGGAAAGAUCGCCAUCAAUAUCUGUUAUGGAAGACAUCAUCCCUUAAAUUGGUUAGCUUUUGGACUUAAUGGUGCUGAAAUUGUCUUCAACCCUUCGGCAACUGUCGGAGAACUAAGUGAACCGAUGUGGCCCAUUGAGGCCCGGAAUGCUGCGAUCGCUAAUAGUUAUUUUGUCGCAUCAAUUAACCGGGUUGGCACAGAGACAUUCCCCAAUCCGUUCACUUCUGGGGAUGGGAAACCACAGCAUUCUGACUUUGGUCACUUUUAUGGUUCAAGUCAUAUAUCAGCACCAGAUGCUUCUUGUACACCAUCCCUUUCUCGAUACAGGGAUGGAUUAUUGGUCACGGAGAUGGAUCUGAAUCUCUGCAGGCAGUUAAAAGACAAAUGGGGAUUCCGCAUGACUGCUCGAUACGAAAUCUAUGCUGAAUUACUUUCUAAGUACCUAAACCCAGAUUUUACUCCCCAAGUCAUUGUUGAUCCUACAAUGCAAAAGAGAGAAUAAGUUUCAUGGUCCAAAAGCUACAUUGGUAUGCUAUUAAAAAAAAACUUGGAAAUAAUUUCAUUAUGCUUUGACAUUUUUUGUAAGCUUUUCUGGACACUUGGCAUUUGAGCUUCUAUUUAGGGCUUAAAGGGUCCUGCUGGCCCAUAAACACUUUA